AUGGCUGUGAAACUUGAACUGUUGGACUAUCACCGAAGGCUUCGGAUUAUGAUGGUUCCCCACGAGCUCGACCAGUUCGUCGUGUGGAAUUUCUCCCGGUUUCCAUGGUGUAGCUCAGUUCCUUAUCAGCUUGUGGGAACGUCUGACUGCUGUAGUGAGAUUGAAGAUGUCCUUAAACACACCUGCCAGUCAGUUGAGCCACCUCGAACAUUCAAUCGACUGAAUUUGAAAGAGGAUCCGAAUGGCCAAGGUGAUCAAGAUAUAGGUGUGAAGCCUGAAAAUAUUAUCAUGUUAGUAUUGGCAUGGAAGCUGGAGGCUCAAAACAUGGGUUUUUUCACUAAAGAAGAAUGGUUAAAAGGAAUGACGCCAUUACAAUGUGGCUGCACAGAGAGGCUACAGAGCAAAUUUGAAUAUUUGCAUUCACAACUCAAUGACCUGUCAGCUUUCAAACAAAUUUACAGAUAUGCUUUUGAUUUUGCUAAAGACCAGCAUAGCCUUGAUAUUGAUACAGCUAAGUCUAUGUUAGCUCUGCUCCUUGGAAGAACAUGGGCUCUGUUCUCUGCCUUCUACCAAUUUUUGGAGCAAUCAAAGUACAGAGUUAUGAAUAAAGAUCAGUGGUUCAAUGUACUGGAAUUCAGCAGAACCGUACUUGCAGAUCUCAGCAACUAUGAUGAAGAUGGUGCAUGGCUUGUGCUGCUUGAUGAAUUUGUUGAAUGGCAGAAAGCAAGGCAGUCAUCAUAACAAAUUAGAGGA